AUGAAUUCAAAUCCAUUUACGAAAAAUCUUCAGAAUGUUACAGAUCCCUCGGACUGGGAACCUACAAAAUUGCCAAAUCUAAAAGAACUUGAUUCACUACAGCGUUGCUAUAUAUGUAAAGAAUUUCUUAAGGCGCCCGUCAUAACGAGCUGUAACCAUACAUUCUGUUCACAUUGUAUUAGGGAAUACUUGAUUGUUAACAGUCAUUGUCCUUUGUGUAAAGCAGAGCAAUUUGAAAGUAAUCUCAAGCGGGUUAUAUUACUAGAAGAGAUAGUUUUAUGUUUUUCCAAAUUCAGACCUAUUUUACUAGAGUUACUUAAGAAAGAAGAGUCGAAUGAAGCAUAUGACAAAAAUAGAAGCCCAUUUUCAGAGAUACCAAGCAAAGACGAAGAUUCCCGGAAAAGAUCAUCGCCAGAUCAAGAAGUUAUCGAGAUAUCAUCGGAUGAAAGUAACAGUCUAGAGUUAUCCGAAGCAUCAAAUGACGUCCCAAAGAAGAAAAUAAAGGCAGAGAUUAACUCAAAUUCACGAAAUGCUAUUCCAACCAGAAAUGAAAUGGUGGAAUGCCCAAUUUGCGCUGAGGUAAUGUCAGCGGAUUUACUACAAACGCAACAUAUUGAUUAUUGUUUAAGUGGAAAGAGCCAGCCUUCGAGUUCAAGGUCUGCAGGAAAUUCAUCUCUGAGAUAUCAAUCUAUGAAGAGAAGACAGCCCAACAAGACGAAUAACGGAAUCUCGUCAUUUUUCAAGCCAGCGGAUAAUAAACCCAUAAUGGCAGGUGCUGGUAAGUUGGAUUUAUCUAAAACAGACAACCAAAACUUCUACUUUGAUGAGGUUUCUAAGCACCACCACAAUGAUAUAAAGAAGCUUCCGAAAUUGGAUUUUAGCUCAUUAACUACUCCUAAAUUAAAAGAAAAAUUAUCACAUUUGAAGCUUCCAGUGCAGGGAACUAGAAUCCAGCUUGAAUUGAGGUAUAACCAAUAUUAUAUUUUAUUUAACUCAAAUUUGGAUAGCAAUCAUCCUUUAUCGGAAAAGGUGUUGAAGCAAAAACUUAAUCAAUGGGAACUUUCUCAUCUGGCAUUCACAAACCAAGGGUCGACAUCCACUUUGUUUAAUAAUGGAAGUCCCGCUGUGAAGUCCAUCACAGACAAGAAUUUCUCCGUGAAGGAGUGGUUAGACGCCAAUAGAAACGAAUAUAAGUCUUUGGUUAAAGCAGCUCGAGCAUCCAUAAAAAAAGCCAGUACGAAAAAUGUGACAUCUUCAAUAUCCAUUGACACAGAAGCAAUUAAUACCCAUCUGGUCGGUGGCCAACAUUUAAACGAACGAUCUGAAUAUCGGUCAGAAGCAAAUUUAAUAGAGCCCAUCGAUGAUGGCGCUUCCGAGGAAAUCCAACAGAAUGAAAUUAGUAAUCUUAACUUUAAGAAGGAUAUUGCUAAUAGCCCACUUUUUGUAAAGGAUACACUUAACGAAUCUCACAGUUGA